AUGGCGUCCAACGUGCUGAUUUUCGGCGGGUCCGGAAAAUGCGCCCGUCACGUUACCCGCCUCCUCGCCGGAGCAGGGUAUAACGUGCACUCAGUCAUUCGCAACCCGGAGCAGAAGUCGGAUAUCGAAGGUCUUGGGGGAAAACCCAUUGUUCAGAGCAUCGAGGACUCGUCUGUGGAUGAUAUGGCCAAGACGAUCGCCGAUGUUAAAGCCAACACGGUUCUCUGGUGUGCGGGAGCAGGAGGCGGCAAUCCAGAACGGACGAAGGCGGUUGACAAUGAGGGGGCCAUCCGCAGCAUGGAUGCAACGGCCAAAGCUGGAGUGAAACGCUACAUCAUCAUCUCAGCGGUUGAUGUGCGGGACAGAGAAAAGCCAGAGCCGGAGUGGUACAACGAUGCGGACAGGGACCGGAGCAAGAAGGUCUGGGAAUUCAUCGGCCCUUACAUGGAUGCAAAGUUCGCGGCCGAUCGGAGCCUGGUCACGGAGAAUGGCCGACGAGGAUUGGAUUAUACCAUCGUCCGACCAGGAGGUUUGAGUCAAGACCCUGCCAAAGGCACCAUCGCCGCCGGCGAAGUUCACCUCGACACCACCAUAUCAAGAGAAGAUGUGGCAGCGGUCGUGGUCGAAUGCGUAAAGAAGGAUGGAACCAAGGGCCUUGUGUUUGACAUUGUUGGCGGAGAUACGAAGAUCUCAGAUGCUGUUGCCGACGUGGUCGAGAAGAAGAUCGACACCUUCAAGGGGAGAUACUAG